AUGAAAUCAUCAUCUUCACCAUCGUCAACAUCAUCAUCAUCAUCACCUUCAAAUACAUAUAAAAUCAGUAAGAAUGCAACACCGCCUUUAAAUAUGAUAGGAAGAACUACACAUAAACCAACACAGAUUCCAUCAUUGCAAUCAACUGGAUCGACGCCUAGUUCGAAAUCAAAGUUUCAACCCAUCAAUUUACCGAGUGAAAAGAGUGAGAGUGGACCCGAGGAGAAGCAAUUGCCCUCGACUACAUCUGUCUGGGGUAGUGGUGGCGGUGCGGCUGCAGCUAUCCUCGGUGGCAAAACCACUGUGUCCACCCCGACCACUCCACUCGCCAAUAUAGCACCGAUCUCCACCCCAACACCAACCUCUACACUCACACCAAUCUCCACUCCCAACCUCACCACUACCACUACCAACAGCAGUAACAACAACAACAACAACAACAACAGUACAAAUACAUCACAGCAACAACAAAGUAGUUUGACUCCUCUCACCACUUCAAUCUCAACACCAACCAACAGUAUAAGCAGAGAAAGUAGUUCAUCGAAUUUGAAUAAAGAUAGAGAAAGAGACAACAGAGAUAAUAGAGACAACAGAGACUAUAGUAGCAGCAGCGGAACAAGUGGAAGUUCAACUCCAUAUGCACCGAUCUCUCAUUCAAACAUUGCUCUGAACAGUCCAAAUCUUGCAACUCAAUCUUCACUCUUACCAUCACCUUCGGUAGCAACUCCAACCGGAUCCAACACACCUGCAUAUAUUGGACAUGACGACCAUUCUUCUCACAAUAUGAAGGGUAGCACAGAUUCAUUCUCAAGACCAUCAAGCAUAUAUGAAAGAGAAGAACAAUAUAAUAGCAACAGUAGUAGUAAUAGUAAUAAGAAAUCAUAUCAGGAAAAUACAUUACCUACAACACCAACUUCACAGAGAUCGUCGUCGAUUCAAUCACCUUCUGCCUCUAACAGUAAUAGUAAUAGCUAUCAUAAUAGUAGUAUGUCACCGACUACAACUACUACUAGUACUGGUUCGGGAUCAAGUAGUUCGUCGUUGUCGGUCGUCGCCAAUAUCAGUUCGCCAAGCUCGACUAUUUCGCCAACAAAGUCCUCUGGUGUCGCUGAUAUUUUUGGUAAUUCAUGGGCAAACACUGACUGGGCCAACGAUGAGGAUAUGGACUAUUCAAAGCCAUUGGUUUUCAUCGAUGAGAAUAUCGCGCAAGCCAAGGAGCGUGAAGCAGAGCUGAAGCGACAGGAAGAGGAGCGUGAGCGUCAACGUAUCUACGAGGAGGAACAAGAGAGAAUCAGGGAGGAAGAAGAGAGAGCUCGCGCCGAGGAAGAGUUGUUACAGAGACAGCGCGAUGAGGAAGAGCGCAAACGACAGGAGCAACUCAGAAUCAAGCGUGAGAAAGAAGAGUCGGCGCGACUCGAAGCCGAGUGGUUGCGACAAGAGAAAGAACGAAAGGAGCACAUGAACGAAGAGAUAAAGAAGCGUGUUGAGCAGGCAAACGAAACCGAGCGUAUCAGACUGGAACGUGCCAAGAAGAAACUGGAGGAGCUCGAAGCAAAUGAAAGAGAGGAACGCGAAAGAGUUCGUCAGCUGGAGCUCGCCCGUGAACGAGAGGAAAAAGAAAAGGAACGUGAGAAAGAACGUGAAAGAGAAAGAGAACGUGAGAGAGAACGUGAAAGUAGAGAUAGAGAAAGAGAUCGUGAGGAUAGAGAUAGAUUCAACAAGCAUCAACAACAUGUCGGACCACCACCACCACAACAACAACAAAGAAGACAACAAUAUGGCCAAUAUCAACAACAGAAUCAACAGCAACAACAGCAGUAUGAUGAUAGAUAUAAUAAUAGAGAUAAUAGACGUCCAAAUCAAAUGAUGCCACCUCCACCACAACAACAACAACCAUAUAAUAGAAGAGACGACCGACGUUAUAAUAAUAAUAAUAAUAAUGAUAGAGAUAUGAUGAAUCGUCCACCAAGCUCCGAUAGAGAUAGUCGUGAAAGAGUAGACAACAGAAGAUCACACGAGCGUGAAUUGAAUAUCAAUCAAAGACCAAUGUCAAUGAGAAUACCGAGCGAGGGAAGACGAUCGAAUGAACGUCCAGCCUCCCUCGAGAGACCUUUGCCAAUGGAAUAUAAUGAUCGUUCGCCAAGAGAUCAUUACGAGAGAGAUAGACCUGAUAGAGGUGGUAGAUUCCAUCAUUAUGACAACAGAAGAGAUGACUUUAACCGUCAGCCAGUCCCUCAUCACGACAGAGAUCACGACAAUAGAGAUAGCAGAGACAGCAGAGAAAGAGAUAGAGACUAUCCACAUCCACCAAAUCCACAUCAUCACCACCCACAUCAUUACGACAGCAGAGACAGAGGAGGUGAUAGAGAAAGAGAAAGAGAAAGAGAUUAUCCACAUCCACCAAACCCACAUCACCACGUUGAUAGGGGCGACAGAGACCAACACAACGAUCCAAGAGAUAGAGAUGAUAAUAUGCGUGUAAGAGACAACAGAGAUAGCAGAGGAGGUGAAAGAGACAACAGAGAUAGCAGAGACAACAGAGAAAGAGCUGACCACCAUCACCAUCAAUAUCAUCACGAUAGAGAUAGCAGAGACAACAGAGAAAGAGGUGACCAUCACCAGCCACAUGAAUACAGAGAUCCCAGAGAUAGAGGAUAUCCACAACAAAGAGAUAAUAGAAACUAUCAGGAAAACUUUGAUAAUCGCGGUGGCGGUGAUUUUAGAGAUAGAGAGCACAACCAUCCUGCACCUCUUAACGCUCACGGUCAGUUGCCACCCCCACCACAUGGAUACAACAACCAACAGGGUCACAAUAAUCCAAGAGGUAGAGGAGACGAUCAACAUCAAAUGAGAAAGAUGGAUAACAGAGGUAGUUACAACAAUGAUAAUUUUGAUAAUAGACCAAGAGGUGGAGAUCGUUAUCCGCCACACCAACAACCAUUACAACAUAAUUCAAACUAUCAACAACAACAACAACAUCACAACCAACAACAACAGCCAUACCAACAACAUCAACAACAACAACAUCAACCAUAUAAUAGACAACCAUAUCACAACCAACAACAACAUCAACACAACCCAAACUACCAACAACAACAAUAUCAAAAUUAUCCAAAGACCAUAUUAACUAAAGACAAAUCACAAACCGAUCUUAAAAAUGAUUUUAGUGCUCCACAUGAAUCAAAAUCUACUUCUCAACACCCCUCGAAAUCGUCUGAAACAAUUCAAGACCCACAAACUGCUGAACCCUCAACAAAGACUGUAGAUAACUCUGUAGAUAAUCAAUCAACACUUCCCGUUGCCAACACUACCCAAACUGCACAGCCAGAGGUAACCACCGAAUCAUCCACCAACAAUAAUCCUUUGGAAGGUAAUGUUGAACCAUCGUCACAACAACACAAACAGGAAAAUGUAGAUAAAUCGAAUCCAUCACCACACAUUCAACAACAAUCAACGAAUAAAAGAUAUAACAAUAAUAACAAUAAUAACAACAAUAAUAAUAAUAGCAAACAUGGUAAUUUUAAUAGAAUGAAUAGUGAUAAUAAUAAUAGAAAAUAUCAACAACCUCAACAACAACAACAACAUCAAAUUUUAAAAAGAGAGAAAAGUAAAGAGGAGUUUACUAGAAAAGAUAGUUCGUUGAAUCAAUCACAGGAAUUCAAGCAACAACAACAACAAAAAGAUGGUGCAGCUCCUUCAAAUUCACUAAUUGAGAAUACUUCUCAACAACAAUCUUCAUCGCAUCCAACUCAAAUUCGUAGAACCAAGUCGAAAGAGUGGACAAAGAAGGAGCUAUCAUCGAGCCAAGACAGCAACAAGAGUGAAUCCGAUGAUAAACCACCAAAGAAAGACAAGAGAAAUGAUCAGAGAGGUGAUAGAGACAGAGACAGAGAGAGAGAUAAUAAAGAAAGAGAUCCAUCAAAGGGUGGUGACUACAAGGGUGAGAGAAAAUACUCUAGAGAAAACAGUGGUGGCCAACGUGAACGUUCCGAUAGAGAUCAACAGCAACGUGGUGGUGACAGAGAUCUGAAACGUUCCGGUUCAUUCAAGAACAGCGGUGGUACCUAUCAGAAGAAAGAGCAACAGCCAGGUGACAAAGAUGCUUCAUGGAAAUCCAGCCAAGAUGGUUCCAAGCAAAAUAAGCCAGUUAGCAGUGCACCAACCGGAGAAGUAGUUACAGCGGCCCCAGUCGCAGCGGCUCCAGUAGUACCUGUUGCUCCAAGUCCACCAAUUAACGCAUGGGUUGUCAAGCCUGCUUGGGAACAAGUGACUGCACCUGCUCCGGCACCUGCUCCACUACCGGCACCUGUUUCUGCACCAGUUCAACAACCACAAGCCAAUCCAUCGACUCAAACUUCACCACCAGGUGCUGCCAAUACCAAUGCACAGCCAUCGAACAACAAUACUCCAAAGCAACAACACUCACAAGGAAAAUCACCCAAGGAUCACAAAGGUUCGUCUUCAUCUCCAUCCCCGCAACGACAAUACAAACAGAAAUAUGAUUCUCCACAACAACAGCAGCAACAACAAAAUGGAGAUAACAACUCUGGUGGAUACAAGAAAAAGACAGGACAAUCAGGCGAUAACAAAAAGAAGAACCAACAAUAUGUUGCAAAGAAUCCACAAACUACACCAACACCCACUUCCACUUCCACUCCUACAUCUACCACCUCCACCACUUCCAACACUACCUCCUCGAACACUCCAAGUAGUGAAUCUAAACAACAACAACAAUAA